GUUGGAAGAAAAUUUGAGAAAUCUGUGGAUCAUGUUGACGAAAUUUCGCGGUCUGUUCUGGCGAAAGAUUGGAAUAUCCGUGCGCGAGUGGAUUUAUUGGAAUUCGAGAGAUUUGGAGAGGGUCUCAGAAUCGUUGGAAUAAUUGACGCCAGCCGUCGCACCACUACCUGCAAAAAUGAAAGCAUUGAUUGAAGAAUUAGCUGUCUAUGUAAUAUGCGUGCAAUUGCAAAAACUGCCGAAGAUCUGCGGACGAAGACGAAAAGAUAUGAUAAAGAGGACAUGACACAACGACAUGACAACGUCGAAGACUUUGGGGAUCAUAUGGAUAAUGUUGGUGCACAUGUCAGGAUGCUCAGGAAAUCCAGACGCAAAACGAUUAUAUGACGAUCUCUUGUCGAAUUACAACAAGUUGGUUCGUCCAGCGUUCAACGCUACAGACAACCUCACCGUUAAAAUAAAACUGAAACUCUCGCAGCUUAUUGAUGUGAAUUUGAGGAAUCAGGUCAUGACAACGAACCUUUGGGUCGAACAGACAUGGCACGAUUACAAGUUGAAAUGGGAUCCGAAGGACUACGGUGGAGUAGAUAUGCUGCAUGUGCCAGCAGAUCAUAUAUGGAGGCCCGAUAUAGUCUUAUAUAACAACGCCGACGGUAACUUUGAGGUGACAUUGGCGACGAAGGCAACUCUCAAUUAUACGGGCAAGGUCAUCUGGAAGCCACCAGCUAUUUACAAAUCUUCCUGCGAGAUCGACGUCGAAUAUUUUCCCUUUGAUGAACAAACGUGCAUGAUGAAAUUCGGCUCGUGGACUUAUGAUGGCUUCCACGUCGAUCUUCGACACGUCGACGAAAGCACAAACGAGACCGAGAUAAAAAAGAGCAAUGGAGUCGUCGACGUUGGAAUCGAUCUGUCGGAGUUUUAUACUUCCGUCGAGUGGGAUAUACUACGAAUACCUGCUGUAAGACAUGAAAAGUUUUACACGUGUUGUCGCGAGCCUUUCCUUGACAUCACUUUCUAUAUAACGAUGAGGAGGAAAACUCUAUUCUACACCGUUAACCUCAUAAUACCCUGCUUGGGAAUAUCAUUCCUCACGAUAUUGGUGUUUUACUUGCCAUGCGAUAGUGGAGAGAAGGUCAGCCUCGCCAUCUCUAUACUACUGUCGCUGACAGUAUUUUUCCUUUUAUUAGCUGAAAUAAUACCGCCUACAUCGCUGGUAGUACCUUUGCUUGGCAAGUUUGUCUUGUUCACAAUGAUUAUGGAUACUCUAAGCGUAUGGAUAACAGUCUUUGUCAUAAAUGUGCAUUACCGUACGCCGCAAACCCACACAAUGAAUCCGUGGGUUCGACGCGUGUUCAUCAACUGGCUGCCGAGAAUGCUGGCAAUGCGCAGGCCGGAGGAUAUCAAGCCAAAGAAGCCAAAGGAGGAUAAAAAGCUGGAGACAGUCGGAGUAGGAAAGGACAAACGUCAACGAGACCGAACAUCAACGCCCUCGAUCCCGGAAGUAGUCGAAUCCUGCGGACCCCGUCGCCCGGAUGACCCUCGGGGAUUGGAAGAAAAUUUAGAAAGCCAUAGCCACGAUUCGCAAGCGGCACCUACACCGCCGUCGCAACUUCUAGCAGGGGAGAGCGUCAACCGAAUCUGUAACACACUUAAGAGUUGGCAUCUUUGCCCAGAAAUAAGUAAAGCCAUAGAAGGAAUCCGUUUUAUCGCCGAUCAUAUAAAGAAAGAAGAGGAUAUUAAUAAAAUCAAGGAGGAUUGGAAGUAUGUCGCAAUGGUGAUCGACAGAUUAUUCCUAUGGGUCUUCCUGAUAACCGUAAGCGUCGGCUCGGCCGGAAUUAUACUACGGGCGCCGUCCUUGUACGACACACGCACCCCCAUUGACAUACAGCUCUCCGAAAUCUCCCCGGACACUGCCAGACCACCAACUCCUAAUUUCUUUCCGAGAAAUCCUUAGGGUGUCCUCUAAGGGAUAAUUGCAUUAAUGCCGCGCGUAAAACACAUAUACAAAACUGAAAAUACACAUAUUGUAUUUUGUGUACGUGUUUUAUACUCGGCAUUAAUAUAACAACAUCUACUAUAUAACUACAUCGACACAAGCGAAACGUAUUACCUAACGUCCGAAAGACUGAAGCCGAAGACCUAGCGAGUGACUCGGUGGUAAUGCGAAAGUCGAC